AUGGCGCACUUGUUGGACAAGCAAGUUGCAGGUCGCGUGAUCUUGCAACCCGCACCAACUUUGGAUUCAAGGCCACGUGUCAGCUACUCGUUCCAGGACCUUGUGCACCUGGAGUCGGAUAGCCAGCAUCCAUCCGAUGACGUUGGGAACGGCUUGACCAGGCAAAGCUGCGAAGGUCGCAGAAGCGCGCGCUCGCUGAGGGGACGAUCUGGAUCUCUUCAGUCUCUGGCGAGCUGCAAUGAUCGAGGUCCGAGUCCGGCAGCGGCCGCUUGGCCUUUGACUCCGCCCGCUUCUGCCACAAGUGCCAGCGGCGCGCCCUUGAAGCACGCAGUGAGCUCCUUCCCUCAGGUUGCUGUGGCGGAGCUCCAGGGCCAACUCGAGGACUCCGAGGGCAGUCGGCUGAUCUUCUUCGAACGGACGUUCAGAACCUUCCACAUCAAGGCCGGGCCAUCGCAAUAUGCCUUCUGCGUGGAUCAGUAUGGCUCCUUGGAGCACUUGCACUACGGUAAUUCGGUCGGGAUGGGCCACGAUCUCACCUUUUUGUCUGAGUCCGACCCGGCGCUGACCUUCGAACCCGCUCCGGCAGGAGCACAGUACUCCAUGGGUGAGCUGCUUCGAAUGGUCGAGGAUGAGGAGAGUAUCGACCCCCAGCAGCUCUGGAUGCUGUCAACACACAUGAGGAGUGAGCGCGGUGGAGAUUGGCACAUGGCCCGUGUCGAAAACCUCACCUGGCGACUGAGAAACAUGUGGAGCAAGCUGGGGCAGGAGGCGAAGAGGAAAGCCUUGGUGGAGCAGCUUCUGAAGAUUCUUGAGAAGUCUUCCGUUGCUCAACAUCCACCUGAACUGGAGCCCGAGGUGUUGCCAGAAGGCCCGUUACACCCACCUGGACCGGGCCGGCAGGGACUCAAGGGCUCCAAGCUCCUCGAAGUCUCUGAGUUUGGCACCGGCGACUUUCGCACUCCGAGCUUGGACAUCUGCUUUCGCAAGGAUGGUUCCAGGCUGCUUCCGUUGGUGUAUCAGCGCCACAGGGUGGUUCGCGGCAUUGUGCCCUCGAGUUCCGGGCUGCCUUUGCUGGGGGCGCGGCACUCCGAGGGUGCCCAGUCCCUGAUCAUCGACAUGAUUGACACCUACACCGAAGUCAAGGUUCUGCUCAUCUACACCGUCUUUCCUGGGAUCUCUGCGGUGAGCCGUCGAGUUGUUGUGAAGAAUAGCUCGCGCCUGGGCUGGGGCGGCGUUGACCUGAUGAAGUGCAUGUCGGGCACCUUUGACUUUCUGACGAACGACUGGCACUUGCUGUCGCUCCACGGCUCCUGGGCCUGCGAACGGCAGAUCACCUCCCGCAGGCUGCAAGAAGGCACCAUCCACAUUGGCAGCAAUCGCGGCGUGUCUUCCCACCAGAUGAACCCAUUUUGUGUUCUUUCGGCCGGUCCACCCUCUGAAACCUCGGGGCAGUGCUGGGGAUUUUGCCUGCUUUAUUCUGGCAACUGGCUUAUGGAGGUGGAACAGAGUCACACCGGAUGCGUGCGAGUCAACGUCGGUCUCAGCAACACCCACUUCAAGUGGGACCUGCGCGACCAAGAGAGCUUCGAGUCCCCCGAGUGCGUCUGCGUCUAUUCGGAUAAAGGCCUGGGUGAGAUGACGCGGAGCUUCCACCGGCUCUUGGGCGAGAGGCUGAUUGCGCCACGCUGGCGGAACCUCAUUUGCCCGGUCUUGAUCAAUACAUGGGAGGCCCUCUACUUCGAGGUCUUUCACGACAAGAUCCUGGAGCUUGCGCGCCCUGCUAAGCAGGUCGGCGUCGAGCUUCUGGUCCUCGAUGACGGAUGGUUUGGCAAAAGGAACGAUGACACCACCUCGCUCGGUGACUGGAAGGAAGAUCCGCGAAAGCUACCGCGCGGCUUGAAAGGCCUGGCCGAGGACUUGAACCAGAUGGGUCUGAAAUUGGGCCUUUGGGUGGAGCCGGAGAUGGUGAACAAGGACAGCGAGCUUUACAACUUGCAUCCAGAAUGGGUGUUGCAUCAUCCGGCACGGCUGCGCUCGGAGGGAAGGAACCAGCUCGUGUUGGACCUCACAAGCAUCGAAGUGCAGGAUUACAUCAUAGAUGCUGUGAGCUCCGUGCUGGACAGUGCCAACAUCGAGUAUAUCAAGUGGGACAUGAACAGAGCGCUGACGGACGCCUUCUCAGCGGCGCUUCCGCCCCGGCAGCAGGGCGAGGUCUAUCACCGUUACGUCCUUGGGCUUUAUCGAGUCUUCGAGACGAUCACGUCGCGAUUCCCGCACGUCCUCUUUGAGAGUUGUGCGUCUGGAGGCGGACGCUUUGAUGCAGCUCUCCUCGCGUGGUGUCCACAGGCCUGGUGCUCUGACAAUUCCGAUGCCUUUUCACGCACCCGUAUUCACAUGGGAACUUCCUUGUGGGCUCCGACGCGGUGCAUGGGGGCGCACAUCGCUGCGUGUCCAAGCCACCAAACACGGCGGACGCACAUCAUGAAGACACGCUUCAUUGUGUCUCUUUGGGGCACCUUCGGUCUGGAGUUGGACCUGAACGCGCUGCCUGAGAAGGAGCUCGCGGAGGUGGGGGAGCUCGUCGCGCUGCGGCAGCGGCUCUGCCAGGUUACACUGCAUGGCAAUUUCUUCCGGCUGCCAGGCUUCGGCUAUCCUGGAGCGGCUCAGGGCAACUCUGCUGGCAUCGGAGAUUCGCAUGUCUAUGCCUGGAUGUUUGUGUCGCCAGACCAGGACCGCGCAGUCGUGAGCGCGAUCAUCUUCCAUCGCGACACGGUGGGCAAGUUCCCCUCUCGACUGAAGCUGCGAGGUUUGAGGCCAGAGUGCCACUACCAAGUCACUGAGCACGUUCCGACAUUGGCAGACGAAGGCAUGUUCAACGGCAUCUUCCAACCAGGUGGUCCGCAGUUCAAGCAUCGCAGGCGGUUGACAUUGACAGGAUCGGUCUUGAUGGAGGUUGGUAUUCCGGUCCAUUUCAACUUCGACGGAGACUCCAUGCUUUUGGAAAUGCAGGUCGUGAAGCCUGAGCCGGCUUGA